UCUUUAGUCCGCCCAGUAAUGCGCAUUCUUCUUGGCUUCCUGAAAUGACUUUCUUGUCGGAGAGGGUCCAACAUCACUGUACCACCAGUUAUGAUGUUUUGACCGUCUUGAAAUAAAGUGCCUUCUUGAGCUCCAAAUUGCUGUCAGAAUGUCCUCCAUAGACCCCUACCAGUACAUCAUAGUUGAGCAUCAGUAUUCUCAUAAAUUGAAAGUGAUUGUGGUGAGAGCUGAAAAUGUGACUAAAGGAGCGUUUGGCGAUUUAUUGGACACCCCGGACCCUUAUGUGGAACUGUCAAUUCCAACCACACCAGAGUCAAGAAAACGAACACGCCACAUAAAUAAUGACAUUAACCCAAAGUGGAACGAAACAUUUGAAUUUAUAUUGGAUCCCAAACAAACCAAUGUUUUGGAGAUGACACUGAUGGAUGCUAAUUAUGUAAUGGAUGAAACUCUGGGCACAGCUAAAUAUUGCCUCUCAAAGCUCAAAGCGGGGCAGACAGAGCAAGUGACCCUCCCUAUCGGCAAGACGACCAAAGUGUUCCUCGACUUGUUCUUAGAAGUGUGCUCGUCCACAGACUUGCGCUUUAGCUUGGCACUGUGUGAUCAGGAAAAGCUUUUCAUGAAGACGCGCAGGGACAGAGUUAUGCUCGCCAUCAAGAAGCUUCUCAAAAUGGAAAACCCACGCUUUCUUCCAGCCUCACCGAGAGAGGUUCCCACUAUCGCCAUUGUGGGCUCUGGAGGGGGUUUCCGUGCAAUGGUAGGCUUCUCUGGUGUGAUGAAGGCUCUGUAUGAAUCUGGGGUGCUUGACUGUGCAACAUAUACGGCAGGACUUUCUGGAUCAACGUGGUAUAUGUCCACACUGUACUCGCACCCUGAGUUUCCUGCGAAAGGCCCAGGGGAAAUUAAUAAGGAGCUGAUGAGCAGGGUCAGCAAUAACCCACUCAAACUGCUUCUGCCCCAAAAUAUCAACCGCUACGUCAAAGCACUGUGGAAGAAGAAAUCGGCUGGACAGCCUGUCACCUUCACUGAUAUCUUCGGGAUGUUGAUAGGAGAGACUCUUAUUCCAGCGAGAAUGGACACAAAACUGAGCGCUUUGCAGGAAAAAAUUAAUGAAGGUCAGAGCCCGAUGCCUCUCUUCACCUGUCUGCACGUCAAACCUGAUGUUUCUGAGCUCAUGUUUGCUGACUGGGUGGAGUUCAGCCCAUAUGAAAUUGGCAUGGCAAAGUAUGGCACCUUUAUGCCUCCAGGGCUGUUUGGCAGCAAGUUCUUCAUGGGCAGUGUUGUGAAACAAUAUGAGGAAAACCCCUUACAUUUCCUUAUGGGUGUAUGGGGGAGUGCUUUCUCCAUCCUCUUUAACCGGGUUCUGGGGGUGAAGGAGACAACCAGCAGUAGCACAAUGGAGGAGGAGCUGGAGCAAAUUAAGCCAGAGCAUAUUGUGGGUGAUGAUUCAGCAGAUAAUGAGGAGGAAACUCAAAGAGGAGGCACAGAGUCCUCAGAGGCAGAAGAUGAGCGGCAGCGUCAUGCUCAGGCCAGCUGGGUUCAGCGCAUGUUGACCUCCAUUAUGGGGGACAGCACCCUGUUCACCACACGUGAGGGCCGCGCCGGCAAGGUGCACAAUUUCAUGCUGGGACUCAACCUAAACUCUUCCCUGCCCUUCUCUCCCUUCAGCGGCAUCAUGAGCCAGACCUCUGUGGAUGAGGAGGUUGAUGCUGUUACAGAUCCUGAUGAGUUUGAGCGAAUCUAUGAGCCACUCGAUGUGAAGAGUAAAAAAAUCCAUGUGGUGGACAGCGGCCUGACCUUUAACCUUCCCUAUCCUCUCAUUCUGCGACCUCAGAGAGGAGUUGACCUAAUCAUUUCCUUUGACUUCUCAGCCAGGCCCAGUGACUCCAGCCCGCCAUUUAAAGAAUUACUGCUAGCUGAAAAAUGGGCCCGUAUGAAUAAGCUGCCGUUCCCCAAGAUCGAUUCGAAAGUAUUUGACCGAGAGGGUCUGAAAGAGUGCUAUGUGUUCAAACCCAAUAAGGGAGAAAAGAACUGUCCCACGGUCAUUCAUUUUGUCUUGGCCAACAUCAACUUUCGGAACUUUAAAGCUCCAGGAGUUCCUAGAGAUUCAGACAAUGAUAUAGAGUUUGGCGACUUCGACAUAUUUGACGAUCCAGCCUCUCCCUUCUCUACUUUCAACUUCAAAUACUCCAACCAGGCCUUCAAGAGGCUUCAUGACCUCAUGGAGUUCAACACGCUCAACAACAUUGAGGUCAUAAAAGAGGCUAUUAAAGACAGCAUUCUGCGGAGACGAGAGAACCCAUCAUGCUGUUCGGUUUCCCUUUCACUCAAUGAAAUUGAAAACAAGAAGUUCCUGAAACGAGAUACCAGCAUUGCAAAAUGACACACCUAACAGAUAGCUAUGCAAAUAGCUAUACGCAAAAGACUUGACAUGUGAGAAGGCAUUGGUCCGCUAGUGCUUGACGAAAAUCAGAGAGCAGAUUCAUCACACAAGAUUGGAUUGACCUUAUUACAGUGUCAUUUUUAUGUUGCAUUCCAGACAAUAUUGAAUUUUCCCACCUCAUACUUGAAAAUAACCACUGGAAAGAUGCUUGAGGUCAGACACAUUAAAUUAGAAGCCUUCAGGGUUAUUAUCAUAAGCUAAAACCAUAAAACAACAUUUUCAUUAACUGAAAUAAAAUUUAAUACAAAUAUUUAAAUAAUAAAAAUGACAAAAAAUUACUAAAGCCGAAAAUAAAAAUUAAAACUAAUUAAAAAUAUUAACUAUAAUAGUAUAGAGGGUAUGCACGUGACGUCACCGUUGGCCGGAGUGACUGCGGUUACGCCUACUGAGUGGCAGCAUUGGUUUUCAGCGUGAAUUCAGCGAAAACACUUCUACAACGGGAAAGAACUGUGCGAUUGACUGUACAGAUAGAAUUGUUGAGAAAUCUGAGGUAUAUUUUUACAGACUUUCGAAAGCUACAGAAAAGAGAGGCAAAUGUAUCGCUGCAGUUCACAGAAACAACUGGACUCCAGGCAGCGAAAUGGGGGUUUGCAAUUAUCAUUUUGUGUCAAUAUGUUGGAUUUCUAGGUAAAAUCAUACCCUAUAUAUUGUAUUGUUAUAUAUUGUAUUGACAACUCAUCAAUUAAAUAUUUAGCAUCUUAUAUUCUGCCUAAUUGGAUGUUUUAAAUAAACACUGACAAAAACUAUACGUUUUAGGGCUGGACGAUAUGGCGAUAUAUAUAACAUUGAUAUAAGUGAUCCCCCGGAUUUAGACCUACCUAUACUGUAUUUAUAUGAAGCAUUCACAGGUAAAUUUGCUUUAUGAAUUUCCCCGGCAUCGAAAUCAGGCACAUGUCAGGAAACACGAUUCCUGGCUGCAUGUCAAUAUCCAUAGAUAACUGGAUCUUUGGUAAGUUGUAAGGAACACUAUAUCGAGUCCAACCUUUAGUUUAAACUGAUAAUCAUUUGUUUUACUUGGGUUUUCACAGUUUUCCCUAUUAAAUCUAGUCAUGUAGCAGGCUCUUUUGCCACUCAGUCCGGCUGAGGGGACGUGUUCCGGCGGGAAAGUGAUGUCAGUGCAUACCCUCUAUAUCAAUGAUACUAAAAUAAUAACACAUACUAAAUAAAUAACACUGGUACCAACCCUGACUUCAAUGAGAAGCACCAUUUGAUAUAAUUUCCAAGAUGGCGACAAAUAAAGCGACAUUCAGUUGGUUAUUUUAAAGUAGAGGUGGGACAAUUCUGAGAUCCUGGUUGUCUGGAAUGAUCUAAAGGUGGGAAAUGGACAAUUUCAAUUCAAAUUAUGCCACCUCUGACAUCUGGAAUACAGAAUCAGGGACAUUUUUUGUAUUUCAGCACUGAUUUUGGGGGAAAUUCUGUGGAAUAUUUUUCAAUAUGUUAAAAUGUGUUAACUGAUCUGAGAGCUGAGAGUACUGCACUCUUAUAGGUCACUGAAAACUUAUCAAAUUAGCCAAAAUUUAAUAAACAAGUACUCAAUGGGCAGGGGACACGAAACGCUUUGUAAAUGAGAGCCAUUAUUCUGUGAUUCGGUGUGGACCAUUUUCCUUUUUUUUAUGUGAACAUCAUUCCAAAAUGAUGUAUAAGUCAUGUGGUCAAAUUCUCCACACCUUUAAUGUUAAAAUGCUUACAAUUUUGGCUGUGUGCUUCUCUACGGAGCUAAAUACUGGCAGCUUUGUUUUCACUUGACAUUUAAGCAGUAAAUACUGUUCUGAGAGUAAUUUAUGGUCUCAGUGGUGGCUUGAACCUCAGGACAUGCUGCUCUUUAUGUGAUUAGAAAACAAUUUAUGUUCUUCGUUCAGUUCUACUGUGACACACCUAUGACCACUAGAUGGUUGGUGGUAAGCCCUUCCUUCAGGACAGGAUUCAUCUCAUUUUUCAGCUAAAUAUUCAUUGCUUAGAAACUGGAUUUAGCUGCUUUUAUUUAUUUUGCUUACAAAUGUGUUCUCCUGCCCUAGGGGUGAAAGGAAGAAGGUGAAAUGCCAUCUCACAUCUCCCACGCAGGACUCCACCUCUUUGUGAGGUGUCAGGAACAAUGACAUGAUGGGACAUGUGAAAAUCUCCUCAUUUCCUGUUUGUAUCAGAUAUUUGUGGCAAAUUAUGGGACAUACAAUAUCUAACUUCCCACAUAGUCAUUCCUCUGGUUUACAUGAUGAAAGUGUACACACGGUUAUUUAUUUGUAUGCUUAAUGCUUAAAGUUUUUUUUUUUUUUUUUUUUUUUUUUUUUUUAAGUAUUUUAAAAUUCAUUUUGAAAUAAAUGUCAAUGGGAAUAAAGCGAUUAAAGUAGAUCAGGUAAGGUCAUUCAUAUAACUGAACUCAGGUCAGUAGGAUAAAGGUGGAAGGUAUAGAUACUGCAAAGACUGGUUGUGUGGUAAAAAUAGACCUUAAGUGUUAGAGUGCACUUUAACCCAACCCAAAAUAAAUAUCAUCCUUUAGACAUUCCUUGAUGUUUGUGGUCUGUACGGUUGGGUUUGUAUAAACUUGAUUAUGAUGUUGCGAACACCACAACUGUCAGAUCCUUUGAAAGUAGAAAUACUGUAUGUUUGUAUGAUUCAUGUAUACACAACAUAAUUAUGAGUGUCAUGUACUUUUAAGUGAAGUUACUAGCCCAUGAGGUGUAGUGUUGUGCAUAAAAAUAAUAAAAGGAUAUUCAUACCAAUGAA